GGUUUUUUGCUCAUUUUUAGCUUUUUAAGAAAGGAAACUGCUAAAAAUUAGUUUAGUCUUUGUUUGAACGGUCAACGAUCAAGCCAUUAAAAAUGCGUGCCUCAAUUUUGUUUUUGAUCCCGUUAUUGGGUGCCGUCUCGUGUUUGUCUAUCACGGCAAAGCUCAAGGACGGCUACGACAGCGUUUAUGUCUAUUACCAGAACGUCACGACUCACGUUGAUGGCAAGCUACAGUCCGAAGUUCUCACUCAUUUGCAUCUCUUUUUGCGUCCGGGAACUGAAAAAGAAACCGUCGUUGGUCGUUUGCAAAAUCUCUUGGUAAUCCCAGAAAACGUCACUGCCGAAGAUCUCUCGUUGAUCAAAGAAAUCGAGUCACCGUUCAAAAUUGUCUUCACUGCCGAUGGGAAACAAUCUCAAAUUUUCACGAAAAAAGACGAACACAAGCACGCCCUCAAAACCAAGGAUUCCGUCUUGAAGUUGUUGCUGCAAAAUGUCACGCAAAUCGACGAGUAUCUCUUGCGUUCGGAAAAAAGUUUGCACGACGAGGAUUGCCAGUCGUUCGUGCAUGUCGAGAAGAAGGAGAACGAAUAUGUCUUUGAAACUGAAACCAAACUUCACGAUUGUAACAACCAAACUACGUUGCAAGGAUACGUUUCGGACCAAAGUGAAUUCCGACUUUUCUAUCAUUUGGAUGCGGAAGACAAGAAAUUGAUCAAAGCCAAGAGUAUUAUCGAUUUGACUUACUUGACGUCGGUUCGGGCUCGCAUCAACACCGUGCAAGACAUGGAAUUUGUGCGUUUUGAUGGUUUGAAGGAAGAUAUUGACGAAAAUGUCUUGACUGAAGCACAUACUUCGGAGCAAAUUGACGAGUUGUGGAAGCAAUAAAUUUCUAAU